CUGUGUAACAUGACCCUGGAUGAAAACCGUGCGCCUGUUCCGACUGCCAGCGCACAUGCUGGGUUGUGGCGAGGAGGCGCACGAUGAAUCCUCUGGUGCUCAUCGUGCUCGCAUGCCUGCCGCUCGGCUCGGCGGUCUACAGCGGGCCCCUGCAAGCCGAGAUCUCCAACGGCACUUUCCAUCACUUCUACGUCCCGGACGGCGACUACGAGGAAACGGAAGACCCGGAAAAGUGCCAGAUGGUCUUCAGAUUCUCGGACGGCUCCCCGUGUUCCGUGGCGGAGGAGGAAAGUGACGAGCUGGUGCGCGAGGAGCUGAUCCUCGCCCGGCUUCAGGCAGAGGACUCGGCGCGGCUUCUGGAGAGCAUCGGGCUAGUGGUUGCCAACGACCUGGACGGAGAGGACACGUACGGCCGCUUCCUCCUGAGAGAGAUAUCUCAGAUCACUGAGGCUUUCUCCGGCGUGGACAAAUCUCUGGAGGAGCUGGAGGUGAAGUUCAAGCAGAGCCAAGAGAGCGAGCUGAGAGAGGAGCAACAACUGAGCGGCUUUGUGCUCAAACAAGUGGGGGACGUCAGGGACAGCCUGAGGCACACCAAGGACAUCUCGGUGGGGCUGAGGGACAAACAGGAGCUGCUCUCUCUCAUCGUUCGCAGCCAUGGGAGCAGACUGAGCCGCCUUAAAACACAAUAUCUCAAUCCGAUAUCAUAGUCCAUUCACGUGGGAACCGUCUGUCUGUGGAGCUCUUGAAAGAUGUGUCAUUAGCAAAUGGGACAGAACACACACAUAAGCGCAUUCCUCUGAGACAAAAGACAGACUAAAGAAAUGUGAAAACUGUUUGCACGGAGCUCCCUGAGUCCUUCAUUACUGUGUAUUGAUUUACACUUUUUGUACAGGAGUCGCAAAAAUAAGGACUGCAUAAAAUGUUUAUAUGAAAAAGAAGCAAUGGCUUAAUAGCAUUACAAUUAAAAUAACAUACCAUCCAGAACAAAUUGCUUAACAUAUUAUUGUUUUUUUGUUUGUGUACUCAAGCACACCUUGCCACACAAAGGUCUUUUUGUCGUCAAUUUCGUGGCACGCUUCUCUUAUACAUUUUCAUGUCAGGUUUUCUUUGUGGGCUCCGGCGCUUCCCGUGACCCCCGUGAGGAUAAGCGGUGAAGAAAAUGGAUGGAUGGAGGUUUUCUUUGAUAUGCUUUCUUUUUUGACAACACCCCAGAAGAAAUCCACUGGGGGGAGAGAGUGUAAAUAUGUUCGCCAUUCAAUUGGUCUUUCUCAUCUUAUCUCUCAGUGGGGGUGAUAAAGAAGAUGGUCAUAAAUAGCUCUGCAUAUCCCUUAAAAAUAUACACCAGUUGUUACAAGCCCUGUAUAUUACAGUAAUUUCCUUUUUUUUUUCUAACUAAAUAAUGUCAAGCUAACAUAUAUUAAUGUUUGGUUAUUUUUAUACCAGAACCUGAAAAGCUAUAAAACUUUAUUUGAUAUGUCUUUAUAGAAUAGAAACUUGCGUGUCCCAUCCAAAAGAAAGAAAAAAAAAAGUGGCCGUUUUGAAUUUUCGUCUGGGUCGUCUCACUGCUUCCCAGCUCCAUCUGGAAGCAUUCUACUUGGACAAUAAAAUGUGUUUAUCCAAAGACAACGGCUACUCUUUGGAAUCAAUUUAUAACAAUUCGGGUUUUGUGGAAAUGUUGUGGUGGCUUAUACGUACAUUUUGGAAACAAACAAAACAACAAAGACAUGCAAUAAAUGGAAAACAUUUCCAAAAGCGCAAUUGUCUUCCUCUGCAUUGUUACAUUGUAUUUUGGUCGAAAUUAAGUGUGUUGGAAAAGUAAUGUGCGCCUAUAUUUUUAUGUGCAGACAUAUUUCAAAAUAGAACAUCUGUACCUUUUCUAUAUUCUCUAUUAUGAUAUACUGUAUCCGUUUGUAAAUAUACAGCUGGACCGUCUAUAUUUUAAAUUGAAACAUGUCUGUCGUUUAAGGUUGUACGUGCACAGUGAUUUCCGGCAUAAUCUAUUUCCUGGGAAACAUUAGCAUAGAAUUCCUGCGCUUAAACACAUCCCACUCCUGCUAAUGACCGGAAGUGGUGCUAUAUUUUCUGUCUGUGUAUGUUCUCGUUCUUGUCUGCAACAAGCGCCUACCAAUAAAUGUGCCAGAGAUGA